UUUUUGUGCAUGUCCUCGGUUGGGUCCAUUCAUCGCUCCAAAAGAGCCAAAGCGCGUCUAAAUUGUCUUUCUCCCCUCUUCUUCAUCGACGCCGCAGAAUGCUUGCUUGUGUUAUUCUCAACGACGUUUUAUGUGUUGCCUGAGUGGACGACAAUAUCAACUUUGUGCUGAUUUGGCAGGUUAUGGCUAAUCGAGCUUUGCUAACCUAUGAACACCUUUUCAUACAAACCCUUCUUUCGAACUACAGAGAAAAAGAACCGAUCAACUUUCCCUUCGCUGAGGAGGACUGACGAUGAUGAUGCGGACCUGUCACCUGAGCUUUCGCCCUCAAGACCCCCGUCCUCCUCUCCCCCUCUGCCGACAUUGCCAGCAUUCUCCACAAUUACGCUGGCCUAUGCUCAGUCAUUAUCGGGACCACCCAAUAUCUUGCUCCACACGAUCUCCGAGGCAGUCGACCAGAACGUCUACGCGUAUCGAGGUCCUCCCAGUCCAGAUGCACCCGCUCCAGAUCCCGAGCUAAUGCGUCGUCUCAUUCGACUCUAUCUGCGUUAUGUGCAUCCAAUUCAUCGUAUCGUGGAUGAGCACGACCCCGAUUUCUGGACGCGUCUUGAUCGUCCAAUGGAACCAGAGGUGGCGUCGAUUGUGUAUGCCAUGUGCACAGUCGGGGCCAUGUUCAUGAUCCAGACCCCGACCACCGGCCAAGAAGACGAGACUGUGUACGACUUUUACAGUCGAGCGGUUGCCAUCAAGAACUCGCGUCCUGAGGACAUUACCACCAUCCAGACGAUCUUGAUCCUUCAAGAAUUCUUUGUCGUGACCAACCAAAUCGAGACAAGCACGAAGGCAUACACUCAUAUGAUGGAGAUUGCCCACAAGAUUGGAUUGGGAGAGCAAGUCAAAAAGAUCGCCACCCAAGAUAAGCUGUCGCCUGCGGACGCCAUUAUUCGGAACACCUGGAGAGUGAUCAUUUGGACCGAGACCAUGGCAAACCUCAUUUCAUCGAAGAGCGUCGUCAAGAUCGAUCCGCUGAAGGAUCUCACCAGUCCAGCCCUUGACACUCGACCUGAGGAGGUCCCCAUCGCGAGGUCGCCUCCUCUAGACGCAGCGAUAUAUUAUUAUGGUAAUCUGUUCAAGAUUUAUCAAGCGAUGACCAAGAUAAAGCUGCCCAUUUCCUCAAGGGACCUGCAUCCUGUCACCAGUAUACUGGAUUGCUUCGGAACAUGGCAAAACAGCCUGCCCAAGAAUCUACGAUGCAAUACUGCACGGAACUCAUCUGCUGGGGGUCAAGGAUCAAUAUCGCCCCUCGCGUCGACCCUCGAUACCUAUUACCGACUCGGUCAUAUCUUUCUUUUGAACAGUCUUCCGGCGAUAGUGCGAUCAAGUCCCACAGGUUUGGGUCCUAGACGCGAAUCUCCAUUAAGAAUCCUAGCGACAUGCGCUAAUGGAAUCACAGCCACCAUGGGCGACCUCAUCAGGGAAGCGGAUCUACGAAACUUUUGCAUGAUUUCCGCCAUGCGAUGUUUGACUGAAGCCGCAGGGAUUCAAUUAGCCAACUCCAAGGAGCCUGACCCGGCUAUCUCCACACCUGCCAAGGUCAACUUUAUGAAGACUCUUUGGUGCAUCAAGCACUACAAUUUUGCCGUUCCCGCCGCUCGCCUAGCCUCGAUCUUAGCGCCUUAUGAUAAUAUCGGGAAACAGGCUACAUCGGUCCAACGCCAAGAGAGGCAAUCGGGCCAUAGAGAAGGUGGACGACAACGGACACCCUCCUUUUCGACCGAAUCUUCAAGUAUGGCUGGCCCGCCCCGUGGUCGACGCGGGGUAUCCAUGGCGUCCGACUAUAGCUCGUCGACAACUUCUACUCGCGAGGGCUCACAUACGACAUGCGAGACAGACGAGCAGGACAGAGAAAGAGAGCGGCCAAACCAAUUGCCAUUCAGUCCCUCGCAAGACAGCGCAACAACAUCUUUAGCGAGCUUUCCAUUAGGGUCUCAACAGGCACAAUUAAAGAUAGUCGGACUAAGAGGAACCGCCACCGAACUCAGCACAGCAUCGACGAUCCCUUGGGACACGCAAUUCGAGACUUCGGAGCAUGGACCACAGGCACCAGUGUCGCACUCGAGAUCAGGCCAAAGGAUAUUUAAAGAUGUUUAUGAUGGGGACCGAUCAAGGUCUUCGUCAGUAUCGCUUAUUUCACCAAACGUGGAGACCCACAUAGCUGGCUUCUUUCAUGCGAUGGAUAUCCAGCCGCCGCCUUUGCCGCUACAUGCAAACCAUCACCGCUCUGGGGUUUAUUUUCAUCAGGGCCCAGAGGAUAGGCUGCCGCAUGAAGCGCAUCAAUUCCAUUCUAUUACUGGUUCAGGAAAGAACGAAGCGGACCCUUUGAUGCACAUCCGAGCUCCUUCAGGCUCGCUACAUCCAGAGCCCGCUUUGAUUCGCGGCCGACUUGAUCGAUCGGGAGAGCAGUACUUGCAUGAUAAUGGACGUAGACAUAAUUCUGCAGAGCCGCGACGAGUGGAUUGGGUGGAUCAAGGCGAGUUGACACCAGUGGAGACUAGCCGGUCCCCGGUCGAAGAGCGCAGCAUCCACGUUGGUCAGGCUGGAAUGCCACUAAGACCGAUAUCCCCUGUCCGUUCACCGGGAUAUGGGGCUUCUCAUGGGUCUGCAUCAGCAUCACUGCCACAGCCUUGGGAGGACCUUAAUGUCGCCCGCCGACCUUGUCCCCAUCAUGUUCGCCAAGUGUCACAGUCAUCAAGACCGGUUAAAGAUUCGGGUCCAGCUGUCAGUCCAUCGCAACAAAGGCAUUCGGUCAGGAGCGAAAGAUCUAAACCACGAGCGCGCGAGUACUUUGGCUCAUCACGACAUCAACAGGUUGAUAACGUGUACAUGGCUGUAUCUCAGUCGCUUCACGUCACGACGACGUUCCCAAAUCGUCCAUACCACCCACACGAGCAGAAUCCGCGUACGCCGGUCUCUGCUGCAUCAGAUAUUGACGAAAGCAACGGAUAUGGUGCCGCAUACCAUCAUUCGACGCAUUCACCAUCUACUAUCAUGACCCACGAUGCCUAUGGCCGGCCCCGAUCACGGUCAAGCAGAAACCCCUCAGAUAUCAACACUGUUAGCCCUGGAGUGAUAGCCUAUGACCAGGGAUAUCUGCCUCGACCUUUGCCCGUGCGGUCAGGAGCAACUGCAGUAAUGGACCUUUCAUCCCAACCUUCAACGCCGAUUUCACGCACAGGGCAACAUUCGCCUUUCAACCAAAGGAUAAAUGUUAGGCCAGCAAUGACUGACACUGCUGAGAUUAUGUCGCCCCAGGAACAAGCCGGCUACGGUCAUCUGCAUCCGCAGCAUCCUCAUCAACAGCAACAGCAACAACGACCUCAUCGCCAGAAAAUACUGCCUCAAGAGCGCGUUCUUCAGCCGGAGGUACUCCAUGAUGAACAGUCCAGGGCCUUUGAAACCCGUCAUGGUUACGAAUUUGAUGGCCUGAGACCCGAAUUGAUUGAUUUAACGAGCCCAUCUUCGACGCCACCGCUUCAACAAAGGUUUGCUACACCUUUAUCUCCGCCAUCACCUGGAGCGAUACGGUCGAUAGCAAUAGUAGAUAGCAGGAGUAAGAUGUUAGCACCAGGUCAGGAUCUUCGCGGAGAAAAUGGGGGUUCGGAAGGGGCAGGAGGACGAAGCAUAGGUUCUUAUGACGGCCGUCCAAUGACAGGACAGUGGAAGACUGGAACUCUGUCGACAGGUCCUCGAGGGCCUGCACCAGCGACACUGGUAGGUCGUAAAAGGCCGUCGGAGUCGAUGUACGGCACAGAAGAUCGAGAUGAAGGUCUUGGAGAAGGUAGCCAUGGUGGAUGGCAUGGAUCGGGCAUUGGAGAUGCUAUGGACAUUUCUGAGACAGGAGAAUCAGGGUCGGCCGCAUUCGAUGCGAAUCCGUUGUAUCGUGAUGGAGUAGAAGUUGUGGAGCCACGGAAGCAGAAGCAGCAGAAGCUUGAGAAACAUGGUCGCCAGGCGCGACAGAUGCAGUACCCUUACGCGGCUUUCCAAGCUGGUAUGCAUCCAGAUGAGACUAUGCCGCAGCACCCUCGUUAUGUGGAACAGGAUCAGGCGCCCCCACUGCAGCAACAUCACCAUCAAGAGUUUGCUAUACAGGUACACCAGCAGCCGAGCACAUCGCGCCAUUCACAGAUGCCAUCCCCAACCUCUAAUCGUCUGCCGAGGCCAUCGCAUCCACAGCAACAGAUGCAGGCGCAGGAGCAAGCGCACUACUCGUAUCAGUCCUACCAGCCGUCCUCUCCGUCUUAUCACGUCCUUCAGCAAAAGCAUCAGCAGCAUGAGCCCCGGACAUCGCCCGUAUCCUCAUAUCCAUCAGCAGCAGCAGCAGCAACAGCACCACCGCCAUCAUCAUCAUCAUCAUCAUCAUCAUCGGCAGCGUCAAUAACACGACCAUAUCCUCGAGACAAUUAUGGUGCCCCGCCUGCACUGCAGAUACAACAGCAGCAGGCGCAUCUUCAACAACAAAUACGUCAGGAUCGUAUGUUCCAGCAGCAGCUGCAACAACGAGAGCGUCAACUCCAGCAACAGCAGCAACGAGAAAUGAUGCCGCCGCCACCAGUGUUACCCUCAGGUCGGCUUGGGGAGACAGGGUCUACGAUGAACAGCGCAGGAGUUCCUAGUGAUGGAGAGGGUGAAGAUAGUGCAGCGUUGAUGCCGGACAUGAUGAGGGACCUGGUCCGACGACAGCGUCGGUAGACAUCUUCUUCCUUUUUUACUACGGCUAGAACAUCUUUGACAACAACAACAACAACAACAACAACAACAAAGUAGCUUGCACAUACAUUCAUAGACAAAAGGAAACGGAAGCUGCCUAUAUGACCAAAAAAAUAUUCCACAUUCAUCUACAAAAA